GAAUGCCAAGUUGCAGCAUCUUUUCCUUCUUUCUUUUUUCUCUUUCUCUCUCUAAAUCCUCUCUUCAUAGUCAUACUACACAUCCAUUACUUACUUUAAGAGAGGAAUAAGGGUCUGUUUCUUUUUUUUUUUUUUUUUUGGGUAAAAAAAAUGAUGGAUCCAGCAUUUAAAUUGUUUGGGAAGACUAUACCAGUUGCUGGUGAUAAUGAUGAUGAAUCUCCUUGCUGUGAUUCUGAUGAUGGGUCUAAUUCUGAUCAACAAGAUGUUGAUGAUAAUAAGGAAGAACUUCCUGAUUUUCGGGAAUCAGCAGAAGAAACAAUGGAGAUUGAUCAACCUUCUGAUGAAGACUCCACAGAUCCACCAACAGUGUCUAAAACUGAUGACACCAAACAAGCACCUGAUUCUGAGAAGGAUUCUGAAGAAAAGGAAUCAAAUGAUCAGAAAAAUUCACAUCAAAAAACACUUAAGAAACCAGACAAAAUACUCCCAUGUCCUAGAUGCAAUAGCAUGGAUACUAAAUUCUGCUAUUACAAUAACUACAACAUCAACCAACCGCGGCAUUUCUGUAAGAGCUGCCAGAGGUACUGGACUGCAGGUGGUACUAUGAGGAAUGUUCCGGUAGGUGCAGGAAGGCGAAAGAACAAGAGUUCUGCAUCCCGAUACUGUCAUAUUACUGUGUCCGAGGCACUGCAAGCAGCUCGUCUUGAUGUUCCUAAUGGUGUUCAUCACCCGGGUUUGAAAACCAAUGGCACGGUUCUGACUUUUGGACCCGAUAACUCCUUUUGUGAAUUGAUUUCCCCUGUGCUGAAUGUUGGUGAUAAGAAAGUUUUGAAUGGCAGAAAUGGGUACCAAAAUAUUGAUCAGGUUGAUGAUAGAUCGAGUGGAUCGACUGUUACCACGACCUCAGUAGACGAUAAGGCAAAAGCCGGAGUACAAGGGCAAAUUAAGCAUAACAUGAAUGGGUUUAGUAAUCAAAUGCCCUGUUUUCAAUGGCCUUAUAUGUGGAACCCUGCAGUUCCUUUACCCCCAUUUUGCCCUUCAGCAUAUCCUGCUAUGCCUUUUUACCCUCCUCCUCCUCCUCCUCCAUAUUGGAAUGGCGCAAUUCCAUGGAACUAUCCUUGGGUGCCUCCGGUCUCUCCUAAUCCAAAAAGCCCGGUAUCCAAUCCAAACUCCCCGACUCUUGGGAAGCAUACGAGGGAUGGUGAAAUGCUUAACCAAAGCGAGAAUGAAAGGAGUUCGGGUACUCCAACUGUUCUAGUACCAAAGACAUUGAGGAUUGAUGACCCAGAUGAGGCUGCCAAGAGUUCUAUAUGGACUACACUUGGAAUCAAGAAGGGUGAUUCUUUAAGCAAAGGAGGUUUCUACAAUAGCUUAUCAUCCAAAAAGGGUGAGGAGAAAGUCCAUCAAAUGGAUGCUCCUCCUUCAUUGAAGGCUAACCCUGCGGCUUUAUGUAGGUCUAUGAACUUUCAAGAAAGUGCCUAAAACAUGUAUUUGGCACAUAAUCAAGUAUGAUAUAGUGGCUCGGAAAAUUUGCGUACGAGCCUAUAUAGAUAAAUUAGUACUCCUUCUGACCCUUAAUUUGCUACACUACACCAUAAACUACACCAUAAAGAUCUGACUCGAUCUGCAUAAUGUAGCAAAUUCAAAGCGACAAACCGACAGAGGAGGUGUCAUUAACUAGGGAUGAGGAAGCAUGAAGAUAUUUUCUUUUUAGGGUAGGGAAGGAGCAGAAUGUAUUUUAUGCAGAGUGUAUUUUAUUACCCCUUUUUUGCCUUAUCUUUUUUGUUUAAGAUUUUCUUGUUUGUUGAUCUUGUACAUAACCUUUUUUGGAAGUGUUUUGAGGUAUAAAUAGUGAUGGAGUGGCAGAUAAUUAGCUAGACUUAGCCCCCUUGUGACAUAUUCAAUCUAAUAAUGGAAAAUGCCUUCUCUUUUA